CUCCCCGCAGCCUAUUCUCAUCCGGGGUCACGUCGAUCUUCCGGGUGUCUUUGACAGGGUUCUCUACGCCGCUUUUUCUGCGACUUUUUGGUCUUCCGCUUUUUGCCACCGCCCCCAACCUUCUAAAUCCUUGCGGCCCCUGUCUUUUAUUGUGUUACUCCUCCCCUGGCAGCUGUGCCGGGGGUUAGAUCGCAGGCAGGGUCGGAGCUGGGCCUAGCUGCCCCACGGGCCACCACUACCUCCCUUGGUUCGAGAGAAAGCUACGACCGAGUACGCCCAGCCGUCCCAGCUCGGGCCUUGGAACUUCUGAGCGGGCAGUGCGGGUAGGCCCUGCUUAGUCCUUCCCGGAGGACACCUGUGAGUUUAGGGGGUUUCGGAGAGGAACGCAGCGGUGUAGGCCCAGGUCGGGGGCGGGGCGCGGGAAACUUUCCGAAACGGUAGCGUUUUGUUUCGCGUGGGAGGUUCCGGCAGUAUCUCUUGGUUAUUCCAAGUUUAUGGGCGGCCCCUGGGCUGCUUGUACAUUUUGAAGAAUCUUAGGACCGCUUACUUUGCUUACUCGUUUUUCUCGUUCUCGCGUACUCCCUCGUCCACCACUCCAGGACCAAAAGAGGAAGAUAGUCUUGGGACCCCUGCAUGGUGUUUCAAAGGGUGGUAAAGAACUAAGGUAGAAGAAUACAUGUUCACUUCCAGUGAACAAGAGCAUGUUCCCAAACUCAAUUUUGGGUCGCCCACCCUUCACUCCAAAUCAUCAACAACAUAAUAACUUCUUUACCCUGUCACCUACUGUUUAUUCACACCAGCAGCUUAUAGAUGCACAAUUCAACUUUCAGAAUGCGGACUUGUCUAGAGCUGCGUCAUUACAGCAGCUGACAUAUGGAAAUGUCAGUCCAAUACAGACCUCAGCUUCCCCAUUAUUUCGAGGAAGGAAGAGAUUAAGCGAUGAAAAAAACCUUCCUCUUGACGGUAAACGGCAACGUUUCCAUUCACCCCACCAAGAGCCAACUGUAGUUAACCAGAUAGUGCCUUUAUCAGGUGAACGAAGAUACUCAAUGCCGCCAUUGUUUCAUACACAUUAUGUACCAGAUAUAGUCAGAUGUGUUCCACCUUUUCGAGAAAUACCAUUUUUAGAACCUAGAGAAAUCACACUGCCUGAGGCCAAAGAUAAGUUGAGUCAGCAGAUACUGGAGUUAUUUGAAACUUGUCAGCAGCAUAUAAGUGAUUUAAAGAAGAAAGAACUCUGUCGAACCCAGCUGCAGAGAGAAAUUCAGCUGUUAUUUCCACAAAGCAGACUUUUUUUGGUUGGGUCCUCUUUAAAUGGAUUUGGUACCCGGAGCAGUGAUGGUGAUUUAUGCCUAGUUGUUAAGGAAGAACCAGUAAGUAAGGAAACAUUUAUUCCAAAAACAUUUGCCGAUAUUCACAUUAUCUUUUGUCUUUCAGCGGGCUACAUUGAGAGACCUCAGCUGAUUCGAGCAAAAGUGCCAAUUGUGAAGUUCAGGGAUAAAGUCAGUUGUGUGGAGUUUGACCUGAAUGUAAACAAUGUUGUUGGAAUAAGAAACACAUUCCUUCUCAGAACUUAUGCAUACCUUGAAAAUCGAGUUCGUCCGUUAGUGCUGGUGAUUAAGAAGUGGGCAAGUCACCAUCAGAUAAAUGAUGCCAGUCGUGGUACUUUAAGCAGCUAUAGUCUUGUAUUGAUGGUUUUGCACUAUUUACAAACCCUACCUGAACCCAUCCUUCCAUCCCUCCAAAAAAUUUACCCAGAAUCUUUUAGUCCUGCUAUACAGCUGCACCUUGUACAUCAAGCUCCAUGUAAUGUUCCUCCUUACCUCUCAAAGAAUGAAUCAAACCUUGGGGACCUCUUACUGGGCUUUCUUAAAUAUUAUGCUACAGAAUUUGACUGGAAUAGUCAAAUGAUUUCAGUUCGUGAAGCCAAAGCCAUUCCGAGGCCUGAUGGUAUUGAAUGGAGAAAUAAAUACAUCUGUGUAGAAGAACCUUUUGAUGGAACAAAUACAGCCAGAGCAGUGCACGAAAAGCAGAAAUUUGACAUGAUCAAGGAUCAAUUUUUAAAGUCAUGGCACAGAUUGAAAAACAAGAGAGAUUUGAACAGUAUACUACCUGUAAGAGCUGCUGUCCUGAAAAGAUAACUGGCCUCUGUUUCUUAAUAAAUUCUUCCAAGAAAUAAAGAACAAUAGUUUCAUCAUAAUACAUUAUGUUUACCUCCAUCAUAAUUGCUUUUUUCAUAGUUCUUGUUUUCAUUUUUUAUUUUUAAAAAGACAUAUAAAGAUUGCAUAUUUUAUUAUGACAUUUCCUAAUAAAACCCUUUGAUUUAAAAAUAAAAAUGUAUUUUUGAAAAUGUUUACAUUGAUGAUUAGUAAUAUUAUGGCAUGCGUUUUCAGGUGAUCAGAUAAAAUAUAUUUUGCGAAAUUACCUGAACAAAUAAAAAGUUUUUGAUACAACUUCAAUUAAUUGUAACACAUGCUAAUCCUGAAGAGAUGUGUGGAAUUUUGGAAGGGGUCUAAUUCAUACAUGCUUAAAGUCUAACCUACAUUAGAUAGUUUGUUGUCAAAGUCUGUUCUAGUAAAGUGAAGAUUCAAGUCAGUUGUUCAGUUACUUGAAGCAAAACGAAAUCAUUUCAGUCACAUCACUGCAGAGUCAUGAAAUACUGAACAAUUGCCUUAAGUCUUUGCUUUGCUUGACUCACUGGGAUAGACUGAGGCUUUGGGUGUGUCUGUAUUAGCAUUUCAUUAGUACUUCACAUGCUUUUGAUGUACUCUUGAGAUUGCUUUAAAUUUUGUAUUGAAACAACAAUACAUUUUGCACUGUAGUAAUAGGAGCACUAACUCUUAAAACAGUUAGUGAAUUGUUUUAAAGAAUCAGUUCAGUGUAGACAUUUUGCAAAGAUUGUUUCCUGUGCUUUAUGAUAGCUUAGUACAAUGUGCACUUCUGCUUUACUUGCCGUUUUCCUGCUCUAUUUUCUCUGUGACAUGAAGCAACAGAAACUGAGAGAUCAAAGUUAAGAUUAUAUCCUGUUUGUAGUAUCAGAUAUUUUUCUGUGUACAAUUAUAGGAUUGUAAUCUAAACUGGAAUUUUUAGACAGUAAGCCACUACAAAAUGUUUUAGAUAUGACACAAUAAAAUUAUUAUAAAUAAAAGCUUAAUAUUUGUAAAAAAUCUCUUUUUUAGUAUUUCUUUUUUUACAUGAAAGAAGUAGUGGUGGCUGCUAAACAAAAAAAGCUACAGUGUUUAUUAAGGUUGUUUUUGAUUUAUGUAAAUAUUUGUAAAUUGGUCAGUGCCUGUAAAUUUAAAUAUAAAAAGUAAUCUUGAAAACAGUUUUAACUUUUUCAAAAGGACUAUGUCCAACAUUUUUUAGACCUGCUGUAGUACAGUUUGUACCUCUAACGUAUUUUUUUUUCGCAGACCAAAUGCUAAAACUUUUGCUUUUCUUUGACUUGUAAAAGGUGCACAUUUUCAUUUUCUUCUUUAAGUUCAAAUUUUUGUACGUCAAAUGCAAUAAAAUUUAUAUAUGGA